GGCAGUUUUGUUUCGUUGGUUUGGCGUGACAACAUGUUAAGUUGUAAUUAUGUGUAUUGGUUGCUCACACUGAUAGUUAACAUUUAGUAUUUAGCCUGUGACAGAGUGACUGUCUGAGUGGAUUUACUCAAACUGAAUUUCCCUGUGUUAAAGUACUGUUAAAUAAAGUGGUACUAAUAAUACUAAACAGAACAGAAUUGACGAAUAUUGAUGAAGUAAAAGAAUAAGUUGCAUCAGACCAUCACAGAAGAUGGGAGGGGUGUCUGAAGACGAUAAAUAAAUGAAGUGCCUGAAGUCGGGUCAGUGUUCUCUACUCCUCCUCCUUGAUGGACGACUCGGUGUCUCCCCCGCUCUGCUUCCCUAACCUCAACUCCUCCUGCAGGCGGAUGCUGCGACCCCGCUCCGAGACCGUCCUCCUCUACACCCUGCUGGCCUCGGCGUCGGCGCUCACCGUGGCGCUCAACCUCCUCGUCGUGGUCUCCAUCUCCCACUUCCGGCAGCUCCACACCCCCACCAACGCCCUGCUCCUGUCCCUGGCUGUGUCUGACGUGGUGGUGGGGCUGCUGGUGAUGCCCGUGGAAGGUCUGCGCCACAUGGAGACGUGCUGGCUCCUGGGGAGGCUCAUGUGCGCCGUGACUCCUUACGUUUCUUACUGCCUCCUCUCCGCCUCUUUAGGGAACAUGGUGCUCAUAUCUAUAGACCGCUAUGUUGCCAUCUGUGACCCACUGCUGUACUCCUCUAAAAUAACACUGAACAGGGUUAAAUUCUUUAUUGGCGUCACUUGGGUCUGUUCUGUCGUCUACAACGGGCUGAUUCUAAUGCCCCACUUAGGGCGACCAGACAGGUUCAGCUCCUGUCAUGGGGAGUGUGUGGUGGUCAUCAGCCACAUCUCGGGGACCGUCGACCUGUUCGUCACCUUUGUGGGCCCCUGCGCCGUCAUGGUCGUCCUUUACGUUAGGGUGUUUGCCGUUGUUGUGUCUCAGAUCCGCGUCAUUCGCAUGCGCGUGGCAGCCAACGCCGCGAGAACGGCUCCGGCCGCUCAGAGCUCGGAGAAAAAAGCGGCCAGGACUCUGGGGAUUGUGAUCGCCGUGUUUCUAUUGUGCUUCUGCCCGUAUUACUACCCCGCCUUUGCGGGCGCAGACACCUCAAACAGCUUGUCCUACUUCGCGGCUUUGUCUUGGAUCAUGCUGACAAACUCCUGUGUUAAUCCUCUGAUUUAUGCUCUGUUCUACCCCUGGUUUAGGAAAGCCAUCAAAUUAAUCUUCACCCUCAGAAUACUGCAGCCUCACUCACGGGAGGCUAAGAUCCUGUAGACAAGGGUGCAUUGAGUUAAUCAUUUAGGACUGGAAAUGUUUGACAAGUUCAUUGCACUUGUGUU